AUGUUCCGUCGGGUGUCCAAACUCCCGAGUAGACUUCAAAAAGAGCGACAGACCUUUCAGUUUGAUGUACAGCUGGUGGGCUUCCAAGGGAGUCCGCGUCAACGCGCCGUCGUUCUGCAGCUGCAACGCGGGCUUCGCACGGCUACCAGUCAGCCGUUCGAAACAAACCCUGCUGGUCAACGAGUUGCGCUCGCUGAGAGUCUUUCUAUUAUCUGCUCGCUUUACAGAGACCGCAAGACCGGAAAGUUUGAGUCCAAGGACUGCAAACUGCGUUUGUUGACUUGGCAAGCGCCCGGCAAACGACAACCAUCUCGUGGUUCCGAACUUUCGUCGAAGGCUUUGGAGAAAGUUCACUUUGACCUCGUGAUGUUCUUGGGUGAACUCGGUAGUGGUGUUCAACGCGAACAUGUCUUCGUGCUAUCCAAUGGUUCCCGGAUCUUCGCUAGAGUCUGUCUGUCCUGGAUGGGCUCAGCGCUGCCUUCGGGAUCUCGUGACAGCGUCUCCUCUUAUGCUCCAUCGGAGCUGAGUCAGUGGAGCGUCGAGUCGACACUCUGGUCCGAUGAUUCAGAGUCGUCUGCCGAAGCGUCGACGCUCAGUAAAGAGCAGCUGCAUGCCCAGCCUGUUCAGCCAUCCGUCGUGUUGGAACCCACCUCUUCAGCAACUGAUGGACAUGCAAAUGCUGGGGUGACCGGGACGCUCCCGGCAACAGAGAUGAAGCGUCGAGUGAGCAGCUCCGUCUCCGGUCCAGAUGAGAGACCAUCGACGCCUGGAAAAGAUGAACAAGUCUUCGGGAAAAAGGAAGGGGCAAUCUCGACGGCUUCGCUCGUGGGGAAAUCAGCAAGCAGCGCCACCCAGGUAUUGUCACCAUCGACUGCUGCCUCGCAAGAGAAAUCCGCGCGAUAUGCGACGGACCAAGACAGCGGAGGCCAUGUUCGCAUCGAGGACGCGUUUGCAGGAACAGGAACCCACGGGGCGCGACCAUCGAGCUCAAGAACCCCCGGCACAACGAACGGGAUAGCUCCAGAGGAGGAGCGCACGCUUCCCACUGCGCAGUGUGCAGCACAUGCAGCAGCGCUUGCUCGUACGCUUUCUCUGCUGACUGCACCUCUGGCAUCAGAGAGCGAGUCUGGCUAUGAAACAGUGCGAGUAGCACAAGAGAUCCCGUCCAACUCAUCCCCACAGAUCAACGGAGACGAAAUGGAUACGGCGGAAACCGUGACCCUGGCCUGGAAAAAGUGUGCAUCACUCGUCUCUGCCCUGAGCGGACUCUCUCAUCAACUCUCCGUCAUGCGGGCGCACUUGCAACCGCAUUCGGCCGCAUCCGAGCAUCAACAUCCUGUAGCGCUUGCCGAGCAGCAACCUCCAGGGCGAGCAGUUGGCUCUGUGAGGACGUCUCAACCGACCAGGAGCGACCUCGGCGAAGGCCCGAACUCGCAAGCACCGCUAGCCCGAGGCAUGGAACCCGCACUUACCUCCGUGGUGACACUGAGGAAGCAACUCAAGGAUCUCUCCGAUGCAGUGCUAGUGCGGGAUCAGAUUCUCCAGAAGCGAUACAGCCACCAGCUGAGAAAAGUGGUAAUUGUCUUGCAGCGCUUAUCCGGGACAGAGCUGCCCGCGCUGUACCAGCACGUUGAGCAUUGCUUCGAUUUGACAGCUUCUCAGAUUGCAGGAUUGCUGGAGCGCCUGCGACGGCAUCGUUCUAUGUCUGUAACACGGCCGAUGGCGUGUGUUCCAUCUGAGCGAGACCCCAGACUCGAGAACGAUUCCAUUUGCUCCACCCUGAGGCAGGCGAAAGUAGAGCUGAAACAUCUGCGAAAAAAGAUGCAUAUGUUUCAAGGCGAGAUGCAGCAACAAGCGCAAGAGGCAUGCGAACGGUUGCAACGCGGCCGCGUGAGCGUCGAAGGUCGUCUAGCGCGGGUGACUCAAAGGCAGACGACACUCGCGCGGAAGCUCUCCAAAGAAACCAGCGACUGCCGAGCACAUCUCUUUGCCUGGCGCUUGCAGUGGGAAGCCUUCGAAAAGGACAUGCUUCAAGGGUUUCAGGAGCUGCACCACGCUCUUCAGCGAAACAAGGCACAGCAUGUGUUCGUGCAGCAAAAUGCCGCAUCGUUUUCACCCGCUGAAGCGCUUCCCGAACGGAUUUCGAUCCGGAUGCAGCGACCCCGUCACCAAGUCCUUAGGCUCAAAACAGAGCUUUUGCUCCUGAAAAGCACUUGUACGAAAGCAAUCGAUCAGUGGCAGCAAUGGUGGGCGUCAGUCGUGGCCAGUCUCGCUCACGUGAAGGCCAGCAGCUGCACCAUCCAGGCGCAGCAGUCAACGCUGAACCAGAUUGGCGAGAAAGCGGCGGUCGCUGGACAAGCAGCCUCUGGUACGCACGGCGUCACAGCGUAUGCCGUGAAUGCUGACGUGCUCCCGUUGUCGUUUGAUGAACACGCGCUCCUGCAGGAACUGAUAGAAACCAAAGUAGAACUUGCCCAACAGCGCGAGCACGAAGAAAAUCUCCGCCGCGACAUGCGACGUCAGCAACGGGACUACCAAAACGUGAUCACGAAACUGGGAGAGACCGUAUCCAAGCUGGAAGUAAGACUUGCGCGAAAACGAAUGCGUCAGAAAAACCUUGUCCAUAUAGAGCCGUCUUCUUACACCUGA